CUGAAGGGAGCGCGCGGCGGCUAUUUUUACCCACAUAUCCCUCUUUCUUUUAAAUAUUAUUAGGUAAUAGAGGCUGAGAAGGUAUGCACUGUUUAUCUGAGUAGUUGUUAGUGAAUAUUUUGAUGCAUCCUGGUUGGUUUAUGUCGUGUAACGCGCAGGGUUUAUCACAUCAGCUACAUGGGGCGUUAUCCAUCCUCCAGGACAUUAUGCAGCGCACCCGCAUCUGGAUGAACACAGUGCAGUGAUGAUGUAUUAUUAUGCAUAUUUUUAUUAGUUAAACUGACCACUGGGAGCAGGCCUCCUCUCUGACUGCAUCAUGGUCAACCUCUGCUGCCUCUGCUGCGGUGAAAUCCCUCAACCCCGCCCCCCUCCGUCCGGCCAGGCGGGACCACCGCGGGAUCCCCGCUCCGUGCAGCAGCAGCAGCAGCAGCAGCAACCUGCUGGCUCCGGCCCAGACCGUGUGGGGCUGAGGGGGCCACAGAGAGGGGGAGCAGACCGGAGUGAACGGAGCAAGUGAAUAAAAAGGAGUGACUUUAUAAUCUGGCUCUGAUAUGCGAAAAGUGCAGCAUGCUCUCCUCCGAUCUGGACUCUGCGGAGGACACGGCGGCCAGUGCUCCCAAUGAUGCUGAGGGAGAGGAGCAGGAGGAGGAGGAGGAGGAGGAGGAGGAGGAGGAGGACUCACCGGCUGAGAGUGAUGUCCUGGAGGAGCAGCGUCCGGUGAACCAGUCUCUGGGUGCUUGUGUCUGCCGGGAGUCCCAUUGGCGCUGCCUGCUGCUCUCUCUGCUCAUGUACAGCUGCCUGGGCGUGGUGGCCUGGUGUCAGCUGACCCAGGUCACCAAAAUCAGCUUCAACACCGCCCUCACCUCAUCCUUCACCGCCUCCUUCACUUCCUCCCUGCGGGGGGCCUCCGGGAUGGGCGUUGGGGGACACUCAAUGAUCUACCACGACAGCCCCUGCUCUGACGGCUACAUCUACAUCCCUCUGGCCUUCCUGCUCAUGCUCUACGUCCUAUACAUGGUGGAGUGCUGGCACUGCAGAGCCAGGAGCGAGCUGCAGAACAAAGCAGACGUGGACAGCGUGUAUGAGCGCGUGCUGCGGAUGAAACAGGCCCAACCUUGCAUAUGGUGGAAGGCUAUCAGCUACCACUUUGUGAGACGGACCCGACAGGUCACUCGAUACCGCAACGGGGACGCCUACACCACCACGCAGGUGUACCAUGAGAGAGUGAACACCCAUGUGGCUGAGGGCGAGUUCGACUACAGCCACUGUGGGAUGAAAGAUGUGUCACGUGACCUCAGGGGCUUAGAGGGACAUCCGGCGACUCGGCUGCGCUUCACCAAAUGCUUCAGCUUCACAGAGGCUGGACCAGAAAACGACUAUCUCAACCAGAGAGCCAGGUUCUUCUCUGAAAUUGAGGGUUUGGACGACUACAUGGAGGCCAGGGAGGGGAUGCAGCUGAAGAAUGUGGACUUCAGAGAAAACCUGAUAGUCUACGUGGACCCAGAUAGGAUGCCUUGGUACAGUUCCCAGGUGGCCUUCUGGCUGGCAGCUCUGCUGAUGUUGUCCUGGCCUCUGAGAGUGCUGAUAGAGUACCGCACUGCUUAUGUGCACUACCGCAUAGAGAAACUAUUUGGGUUAGAGUACAGCCACAGCAGCCCCUCUCCUCUAGAUGAAGACAGGCCUUUGGGUAACAACACUGGCUGCGUUAUCCCAAGAGUAGACACACUGGACAGCACCGAGAUGGAGUGGCACAUACGCUGUAACCGUCAGCUGAUCCCCAGCUACUCAGAGGCCAUGCUGAUAAACAUGAGCACAGCAGACUCAAACUCAUUACGAGACACUGACUGCACCUCGUCCUCAAACUGCUUCCUCCUGGACAGCAGCCAGACUGCUCAGAGUUACGGCGCCCUGCAAAGCCAGGAGGACUGCGAGCAAUGCAGGGAGCCAAACGGACGAGGCGAUGCAGGAGGCAGGAGGAGGACCAUCACCAGCUCCAGCUGCUCCUCCAUCUUCUCCUGCCGGGGAGCGCUGCUCCACUCGCACCUCUCCUCAGACACAUCCCGCUUCUCCCUCUGCCGCAUGUACGGCUCCCAUCGCACCGUGGCCCUGUGGAGGAGCCGCAGCAGCAACCUGACUGACCCCUGCUGCGUGGAUGAGCAGUGCUGCCGGUCGGACUCCAGCCAGCUGGCACUCAGCGACAGUCCACCGACUUAUAGGGACGCUCGGUUCUUUCCCGUGCUGAUUGUGCAUCGGGCUGAGGGGUGUGGGGGUGAAGACGGGAGAGAAGUGAGGCGGUAUUACAUACGGAGAGGGUCGUCCUGUGUGGAGACGGCUCUGUGAAGGACAUAAAGACACUUGUUAGUGAGGGGGAUUCAAAUCAGUCAUGACAAGUGGUGUUGGUCCCUGUUUGCUCUAAAGACAGAACAACAUUAAAGGGAUAGUUUGGGUUUUUUGACUUGGGGUCAGUGUAUUACCUACAGUAGAUGUCUGUCGGCAUGCUCCUAGUUUGGAGAAGCAGACAGGAGUACUGCCAUGAAAGCUGAGCAGUGUACUGCUGUGGAGGGGGGCAGCAGCAAAUCGUGUUUUAAAGGGCAGGUCCAUCUCCGUUCUUUUCUGUCUUUUUCAAAUUGAAACUCUUACUCAGCCAUUAUCAAAAAGCAGUGACAAAGGUUACAUUGCUGAGCUCCUGUAAAGUGAAAUUACUGUUUCUGUCAAAGGAGUCUGGUGACUGUGGAUGGGAGCAGCAGCAACAAAGUAUUUUAGCCUCCUAAAAAAAGGACCACCUAAAAAAAUCAACAUCAGUUAAAGUGUACACUAUAUUUUGAAUAUUUUCAUCGCUUUACCUUGCUGUCAGACAACCCUUUCCAACAGGGAACUGAAGCCGUUAUCUACACUCUCUUCAAAGACACCAGAGGCCUUUGACAAAAACAGUAAUUUUACCUCACAGCACAUGGAGGUUGCUAGUCUACCCGCUGCCUAGUUGGCUUGUUUUGUGUGACAUUCCUAACCAAACUAAUGUUGAGUCCACAGCACUCCAUGGUUUUAUAUAUAGUAAUGACAUCAUAUAGAAAUCUACAUCAGGUCACAUGGGAAAAUGUUUUUAGAAGGGCUUAGGAAAAUAGCAUUUUGAGGCUAAAACAUACAAACUUUGCCCAACAUUUCACUUGUUCAGAUUUGGAUACAUCAAGAACGCUACUGCAAAGCUACAGAAUGAAAUAAAAAAUAAAGGUUCAGCUAAAAACUAAACACCAACUUGACUUUGGUGUUUCAAAGCAGUGGCUCCCAACUGGUCCAGUCACAGGGUCCAGAUUUCUCCUUAGUCAUUAGUUCAAGGUCCACACAAUUUAACAUAUUCAGCGUCAUACUUAGCCAUGUAGUUGAGCCAGUUUGCUGUCUGCUAAGUAGCUGUCCCUUAUUAACUCACUCUUCGGCAGAAAAUAGCACUUCAAAAUAAAAGCUCUGUGUCCGAAAUUCAUUGUUCUUCAAAAUAAAGUGUGUUACAAACUUUACAAAUUUGCCAGUCACUUGCGGUCCAUUCAGAAUGGACCCGUGACCCACUUUUGGACCGCGACCCAUCAGUUGGGAAUCACUGUUUUAAAGGGUUAGUUUGCCACGCCAUAACACAAACAAACUAACUGAUUGAGGCAGUGGUAG